GCCCCAAUCUCCGCCUCUCACCAACAUCAGUAUUGCCCUCUGUUAGAUCAAGAACAACCACCAAGAUGGACACCACCAACACCAAGCGCUUUUUUGACAAUCCCAUCAUCCGCACCUUUCUUGGGCUCCACAACUUUUUGGUGCUUGCGUCGUCAACCAUCUUGACUGGGAUCUUGUCCUACUUUUUACACCACUACCACUACCGAAACACGCAUCUUGUGUACCAAGAAGUGAUUGCGGUAGUGACCCUUUUUCUAUAUCUUUUUGCAACCUUUUUACCGGCAUUCAAAUUUUAUAGAGGCUACAUGCUUCCGCUUAACCUGCUGCUCUCAUACUUCUGGCUCACAAGCUUGAUUUUCAGCAGCCAGGAUUAUGCCGGUAAUAGGUGCUUGUACAAUUCUCCUCCUUUUGUCAACAGGUGCCGGCUCAAGCAUACCAUUCAGGCAUUUUGGAUCAUUGGUUUUUCAUACCUGUUCCUCAAUGCGAUCUUAGAAGCUCUAAUGUGGGCUGGUUCGCGGACAAACAGACUUCUCCACGGUGGUGACAUCGAGAAGGACAGACCGCUUACGAGUGGCAACGCAGUCCCUGUGAGCAACGGUCAUGGAACCACAACAACGGUGUAGAGAGAUGACGAAUUGGACUGGCAACGCGGUACGUUGACGCUCUUGGGCCUUACAAGAUGUAUGGCGAGGGAGAAUUUGUUGUAAUAUGUAUUUGGAUUUUUGUACACGAAAUGGUAAUAGGCUUCAUGGUGUGAAACCAUA